AUGUUUCUCUACGAAGAUUUGUCAUUACCAUUUAAAAAAAAAAUGACUGUCACAGGAAUUUGUUCUAUUGUCUUUGGUCUCCUCUUAAUCGGAUUUGAACUUGGUCAAGUAUUCAAUGGUUACGAUUACAGUACCAUAGGAACUUUCAUCAAUGGUAUAUAUUCAAUUUACGGUGGUAUUCUCUUCUUAGUUCUCUGUCGACAACAGAUCUAUGCUUUAAAAAGUUUAUUAGCAUUGAUUAUCAUUCAACUCUUAAUUUUAUUGUCAAUACUAAUUCUCAGUUGUUUAGUUAUUACUUCUUCCCAUAGUCCUCAAUGUAUUCCAACGGAUGACUAUUGUGAACAGUAUUUAUUAAAAAAAUAUAGAUCUAAAAUUCUUGCAAUGCUGGCCAUAACUAUCUAUCUUCUUUUAUUAGCUUCAACAAUUUUUAGUUUAUUUAUCACUAUACAAGAAUGGCGAGCAAGAAAACUAGCAGCCAAUAACAUCAGCAACCGGUACCUCCUCAUAAAUAUUCCACUACCAUUACGAGGAAAUUUACAAAAAACUGGUAUUGCUUACAUUGUGUUGGGUCUAUUAAUAGCUGGUUUAGAUGUUGGCCUUUUGUUGAAUGGAUACCUUUUCAGUUACUACACAGGUUUCAUUAGUGGUUUCUUUUCCAUUGUUUAUGGUGUUGUUCUAAUAAUUUUGUCUGUACUUGAUUUUGAAACAUUAAAAUUUUCAAAUAUGAAUUAA